AUGGGCCGCAAGCUGCAGAGGCGAGCACGAAGCACAGGAGAGGGCGCACAACCGACGGAUUUGGCCCGCACGGCCGCGCCCAUGGCCGACGCCCCCGGCGGCGCGGCCGGCAGGGAGGAGCCGAGCUGCGCUGGCCGCAGGCCGGCGGCCCUCGUCCUCCCCACCAGCGGCCCUCCCCGGUGGCCGAGCUCCCGCGCCAUCCCUCUCCUCGGUGGCCGCGCUUGGAGCUACAAGCUCGGCGGCGGCGGAGGCUCCGAGCUCGGCGGCGGGCCUCCCUCCCCAGCCACGGCGUCGGCGAACUCCCUCCGCGGCCAUGGCGGGUCCACACAAGCGCCCCCCUCCCUCCUCUCCCUCGCGGACAUGGCGAGCCGCCGGAUCCGCCCGGGCCCAUGUUGGUGGCGGUCGAGAGCUCGGAGCUCGGCGGCGGCGGAGGCUCCGAGCUCGAAGGCGGGCCUCCCUCCCCGGCCAUGGAGACGGCGAGUUCCCUCCACGGCCAUGGCGGGUCCACGCCAGCGCCCCCUCCCUCCUCUCCUUCGCGGCUAUGGCGGGCCGCCGGAUCUGCCUGGGGCCAUGUUGGCGGUGGUCGAGGCCCGCGCGGGGCCUGCAGUGGCAGCGGCGGCGGCGGUCGAGGUCCGCGCGGGCCAUGGAGUCCUCCUGGCAGCCCUCCCGUGCCGGCCUUCCUCCUCCCUGGCGGCGCGUGAAGGCGGCCUUCCUCCUCCCCGGCGGCGCAGGGCCCCACCAGACGGCGAGGGAAGGCGUUGCGGCAAAACCACGGGCGGCGUCGCGCGUCUCUCUCGAGGCGGGGUGGACCCAGCGGGCCCACGGCGCAGUCGAGGCGGCGCGGACCCGGCACGCGUGCGCGACGAUUCCACGGCCCGCAUCGACGCGUGUGGCUCUGUGGACAGCCGAGCGCUCCCAGGCUUCGCACCCCACGGUGUAUAUGAUAUAGAGUAUGAGGUGAAGCAAGAGAUAAGAGUGACAGGGGGGCAGCCGGAGAGACGCAGUAGUGGAGGGGAGUGCCUUGUGCCUUUUUGA